AUGGGAUGUAGGCUGCCUGGAGGCAUCAGCAGUCCAGAGGAUCUUUGGACUGCCUUGAUGGAUAAGAAGGUUGCUUCUGGAGAUAUACCUGAAGCUCGCUGGGAACCGUAUUAUAGAAGAGAUACCAGGAAUUCCAGAGUUCUUAAUCAAACAACGAAGAAGGGAUAUUUUCUGGACAACAUAGCCGACUUCGAUGCCGCCUUCUUUGGUGUUUCGCCGAAAGAAGCCGUGCUAAUGGAUCCUCAACAGAGACUCACCCUUGAGGUAACAUGGGAAGCACUUGAGGAUGCUGGAAUCUCGCCUCAGAGCCUGGCAGGCAGCAACACUGCAGUCUUCACUGGCGUCAAUUCCGACGACUACUCGAAACUACUCCUCGAAGAUUUACCCGGAGUGGAGGCCUGGAUGGGCAUUGGCACGGCGUAUUGCGGUGUUCCGAACCGCAUCUCGUAUCUCCUGGACCUUCGUGGCCCAUCCACAGCCGUCGAUGCGGCUUGCGCGUCCUCGCUCGUAGCGGUACAUCAUGGCCGCCAGUCUCUAUUGACUAGAGAAUCGGACUUGGCCAUCGUCGGUGGUGUCAACGCCAUUUGCGGGCCAGGUCUCACAAGAGUCCUGGAUGAAGCCGGCGCCAUAUCGAAGGACGGAGUCUGCCGAUCAUUUGAUGAUGCUGCCAACGGCUACGGUCGUGGAGAGGGCGCGGGCAUAGUAAUCCUGAAGCGACUCUCUGAUGCCAUUCGCGACAACGAUCGUAUUGUAGCCGUCCUCAAGGGUUCCGCCGUUGGUCAAGACGGACGCACCAACGGCAUCAUGGCACCCAACGGGCUCGCACAGGAGAAUGUUGCACGGACAGCCCUCGGGUGCAUCGAUCCACUGAGCAUACAGUAUGUGGAGGCUCACGCAACGUCAACCUCAGUUGGCGAUCCUGUGGAGAUAGGAGCCAUGGCGAAGGUAUACGGCUCCAAGCGCGACCCACAACAACCGUGCUUUGUCGGCAGCGUCAAGGCAAACGUGGGCCAUCUGGAAGCGGGUGCUGGAGUGAUUGGUCUGAUCAAAGCUGCCAUGGCGUUGGAACGGGCAGUCAUACCACCGCAGGCCAAUGUACGCACCCUCAAUAAGAAAAUCGACUGGAAGCGGGCUGGAAUCGAUGUCGCCCUUGCCCCCACCAAGUGGCCACAGACGCAGGGUAAGCGGAGAGCGGCCAUCUGCUCCUACGGCUACGGUGGAACGGUAUCGCACGCGGUGAUUGAGCAAGCACCCUGCGCACCUGCGAUGACUGGUCGUGGAGAAAAGGGCAAUGUGCCCCGCUUGCUGGCACUCUCAGCACCUCAGGAGAAACGACUCGUCGACGUUGCUGACAGUCUUGCGGACUGGAUCUCCAAUGCAGGCACUAACUGGUCACUGGAAGCCAUCCAGGUCGCCUUGUGUACGCGGAGAGCAGAGCAUGACUUCCGUGCCACCAUCCUCGCCUCGUCGCAUGAACAGGCCAAGGAUGAAUUGCAGAAGUUCGCCAAAGGCGAAUCGUCAACGAAUUGCAUUGUGGCAAGGACGCUCUCCAAACAAGACAGGAAAGAAGUAGUCUGGCUGUUUUCCGGACACGGUGCUCAAUGGUCCGGAAUGGGAAAAGAUCUGCUUGCUCAAGACGCCGCUUUCCGGCAGACAGUGGAGAGUCUGGACGACGUUGUUGAUGAAGAAGUCGGAUUUUCUCCACUCAAGGCCCUGGAACAAGGCGAUUUCACCACUUCCGACAAAGUCCAGGUCCUCACCUAUGUCAUGCAGGUCGCACUGGCUGCAUCGCUUCAAUCCAGGGGAUUGCGCCCAGGGGCCAUUAUCGGGCAUUCGGUUGGAGAGAUCGCCGCCGCUGUCGCUGCUGGGGCCUUGUCAGCCCUUGAAGGUGCCCUUGUGGUGUGUCGUCGUGCUCGCCUAUACAAGCAAGUGAUGGGUAAGGGAGCGAUGAUUCUGGUCAACCUUCCAUUCGCACAAGUCGCUACAGAGCUCCGGGGCCGGUCCGAUGCCGUGGCUGCCAUUGACUCAUCCCCAAAUUCCUGCGUUGUGUCUGGAACUUUGGAGGCGGUCGACGCUUUGGAAGCGGCAUUCCAAGCUCGGCAUGUCAAGACCUAUCGCGUCAAGUCCGACAUCGCUUUUCAUAGUCCACUCCUCGAGACACUGGCUGCGCCCUUGAUGGACGCUCUGGAUCAUGUGCUUCAUCCUCGCACGCCUCAUACUCCGCUCUACUCCACUGCAUGCGAGGAUCCCCGCGAAGUCACCUCUCGAGACCCUGCAUACUGGGUGCGCAACAUGACGAAUCCUGUUCUGUUGACCAAUGCAGUAAACGCUGCAGCUGAGGAUGGCUUCAAACUGUUCUUGGAAGUGUCCAGCCACCCGAUCAUCUCUCACUCGGUCAAUGAAACGCUCAUGAAUCUCGACGUUGACGACGCUCUGGUCGUCCCUUCCCUAUUGCGUGGAAAAGAAGCCGAUGCCACCAUACUCAGGGCUGCUGCAAACCUCUGGUGCAAAGGAGCUGCCCUGGACUUCCAGACUGCCUUUUCCGGAUUACCUUGGGCAACCAAUCUUCCGAAGACCAAGUGGCGUCACCAGUCGUAUUGGAAAGACAUCAGCACCGGCUCUACCAGCAUCGAUGAAUGCCACGAUCGGGACGCGCAUACCCUUCUUGGACGCCAGAUCCCCAUUGCAGGCUCGGAAGCGGCCAUCUUCGCGACUAAACUGGACGACGAGACGCGCCCGUUCCCUGGGCGGCACCCACUUCAUGGUACUGAGAUUGUACCGGCUGCUGUGUUAUUCAACACUUUCUUGCAUGCCACCAAGUCAUUGUCGCUGUCUAAUGUCCAACUCCGCGUCCCUGUUGCCAUUAGUGCGCCUCGAGAUGUCCAAGUGGUCGUGGAAGGUCAGGAUGUCCGCAUCAUGUCCCAACUAAUCCAAGCGGAGCAGACGAAUGCGUCGUGGCUCACUCACACCACGGGAAGGGUUAGUAACGCUCUGGACAUUCCACAGACCAUCGACAUUGUUGGCAUCACGAAGCGCAUCGGCCAAGAGCUCAGCAAGACAUUCACGAUUGACUAUCUUGCCGCCGUGGGUGUGCCUGACAUGGGCUUCCCGUGGACUGUCCUCUCACAUUAUGGAACGACGAAAGAAAUGAUUGCUCUUGUCGAUGUCUGCCCCGAAAAGAAAGAUAAUGAGAGUUUUCCGUGGCAGCCAUCUUCGUGGGCUCCCGUAUUCGACGCCGCCACUUCCAUUGGCUCCACCAUCUUUUUCAAUGAGCCGCGCCUGCGUAUGCCCGCCCACGUCGCCAACCUCACCGUAGUGCGGGACGCAGCACCACCUAAGAUGGCGUACAUUUACGUCAAGGAUUCCAGCGAAGGGAAUAUUGGUUCCGCCUCCGACGUCACCGUCACAGAUGAGCAUGGCUCCGUUCUUGCUAAAUUUACCUCGAUGCGCUUUUCCGAAAUCGAAGCGUCACGCAAGGGCAAAGACGACAUGCAGGGUCUCGUUUUCGACCUUGCGUGGCCACCUGCGCGGCUGUGCGAGGUACCGUACGCUUUGGAACAUAUUGUGUUUGUCGGGGACGAGUCCCGUAUCGCUGGCUACCAGUCCGAAGUUAACCAGCGAGGCAUCAAGGCGACCCGCAUCACCUCGCCUGCGGAGUUCAGUAAUAUCGAUGCCGAUUCACCGAUAGCUCUGGUCUAUGUUCCCGAGACUGUCGUUGACGAUUCCCCUGGUGCCAUCUCGGAAACGGCAGAGAAGAACUGCGAAAUACUUCUGGAUUUGGUCAAGGCGACCGUGGCUAGACAAAACCAAAGCCGAAUCUUUGUCCUCACUCAUGGUGCCCUCAACACCGACAUUGCCAAUGCAGCGCUCGUUGGGCUGAGCCGCAUCAUUGCAGCCGAACAGCCCAGUGUAUGGGGCUCACUCAUCGAUGUCGAAGAUAGUCACUUCCCGUUCCAGGCUGUCAAGUACGUUUCAGGCGCUGACAUUGUCAAAGUAGAGGACUCUGUCGCACGCGUGGCUCGUCUUCGACCACUUCCUGCUCGUAAAGCGGUUCCAGAACACAGUCAGCUUGAAGUACGACCGGAAGGUACAUACAUCAUAACUGGUGGUCUGGGAGACUUGGGACUUGAGGUCGCGGAGAUGCUUGUGGCCAAGGGCGCCCGAAGAUUGGUCCUGGUAUCCCGGCGCAAGAUGCCCGCGCGCAAGACGUGGACUUCCUUGGAGUCGAAAUGGCGAAAAACGAUUGACAAGGUCCUUGCACUCGAGUGCAAAGGAGCCACCGUUUAUACUGUUGCGGUUGAUAUGGCGGCGACGGAUGCUGCUGAGGAACUGUCCUUGCGGCUGGAAAGUCUGAAUCUGCCACCGGUUCUUGGUGUUGUCCAUGCUGCUGGCGUCAUUGAUGAUCAAUUUGUUCUCGAGACUGAUCCAGCAACGUUCAAUCGGGUUCUUGCACCCAAGGUCCGCGGCGCCCUCGCCCUCCACUCUCUCUUCCCACCGCAGUCACUGUCCUUCUUCGUCCUCUUCUCUUCGUGCGGUCAGCUCUUUGGAUUCCCCGGCCAAGCUUCCUAUGCUGCUGCAAACGCUUUCUUGGACAGCCUGGCAUUGCUGCGCAGGGCUCAGGGUGACAAUGCACUUGCGCUCCAGUACACUUCCUGGCGCGGCAUGGGGUUGGCUGCCACCACGGAAGCUAGCGCCGAGUUCAUCGAGGCGGAACUGGAGGGUAAGGGAAUCACCAGCGUGAGCAGGGACGAGGCGCUCAGUGGAUGGGAGUAUGCGGCCGGAUUCAAUGUCGCCAAUGCAGUCGUCCUGCGAUGCCGCGAGUUGGACCAUGAUGAGCCUCUGCCCGCCGACAUCAUCGAAGAAGUUGUCGUGCGCAAGCCGACUCCAGUCGCUGCCGCAAGUGAUGCGUCUUCCGGGUCGGAUAAUCCUUCUCCAUCCGCUUCUGCGGCUUCGAUUCCGCCUCCCGGCCCGGAACGCAUUAAGUACCUCAUUGGAGCUAUCACCGGCUGCGUAGCUACUGUGCUGCAGCUCGACCCCUCGGACGUCGACUCCAAGGCCGCCCUUCCAGACCUGGGCAUGGACUCUGUCAUGACAGUUGCACUCCGCAAGCAGCUUCAAAAGGUCCUGGGCGUCAAGGUCCCACCUACGCUAGUCUGGGGCCAUCCCACAGUAAGCCAUUUGGCGAAGUGGUUUGAGGAUAAGAUUUAA